AUGUCGGUUCAACUAGGUGUAUCAGGGGAGACCCUAAUACCUCAGUCGACCAGCUAUGGCAUGCUCAUCGGCCUGGGAAUCGGCUUCUGCGGUGUCAUUCUAGCAGCCGUCAAGAUUCAAAAGGCCUACUUGGCUGAAGACUCUGGCACGUCAGAAAUGUUUAUGGUGGCCAAUCGUUCGGUCGGGACAGGCUUAACAGCAUCAGCCGUCUUCUCUUCCUGGAUGUGGAUCAAUGAGACAGUCUUCUCAGCAGCAUUUUGCUACAAAUUUGGCCUUGCAGUGCCUUUUUGGUGGUCAACAGGUCUCUGUUUUCAAAUUGCCUUAAUGGCAGCACUGGGAGUCUUGGCAAAGAUUCGGGUUCCAUACGCUCAUACCUCGCUCGAAAUCAUUCGGUUAAGAUACGGAUGGAUCGGACAUAUUGUCUUCAUUGUUCUUAACAUCACAAACAACGUUUUCGGCUGCGCGGGUAUGAUCCUGACUGGAUCGCAACUCAUUUAUGGCAUCUCCGGGAUGCACUUCGUCGCUGCCACGAUUCUCAUUCCUCUUGGAGUCGUGCUUUACACAGCGGUUGGUGGGCUGAAGGCGACCUUCAUCACCGACUAUCUCCACACUCUCAUCGCACUGGUUCUCAUCAUCUACUUCACUCUCAAGGUCCUUACACACGAUGCUGUCGGUGGGCUUGGUGGUUUAUACGAUAAGGUGGUGGCGACAGCUUCAGAAAACAUGAUCGACGGAAAUUACAAGGGCUCUCUGCUCACAAUGAAGUCUCGAGAUGCGAUAAUCUGGGGUUUGAUCUUGAAAUUUGGAAAUUUGGCUCUUGUCGUAAUGGACACGGCUUUCUGGCAAAAGUCAUUCGCAACGGAGGUGAACGCAACUGUUCCAGGAUACAACCUGGCUGCAGUAGCGAUCUUUGGUAUCCCGUGGGGCCUCGGCACCGUCAUCGGUCUGACUGCGAGAGCACUACACAACACUCCCAUCUGGCCGGGCUAUCCUCACGAGUUUACACUGGCACAGGUCAACGCAGGGCUGGUCAUGCCUUACACUCUGAAGGCUCUCAUUGGUGACCAAGGAAUCGACGCUUUCCUCGUCUUGGUUUUCAUGGCCUUGACGAGCACCGUGUCUUCAUCUAUGAUCGCAGUCAGCAGCAUAUUAUCCUUCGAUGUUUACAAGACCUAUCUCAACCCCAAGGCAUCGGAUAAGAAGCUGGUUCACGUCAGCCAUCUUACGGUGGUGUUUCACGCCGUGUUUAUCACAGCCAUCUCGCUUGCUCUGAACUAUGGAGGCGCAGACAUGACCUGGAUCGGCUACUUCCGCCCUAUCCUAUCUUGCCCAGGUAUCAUUCCACUAGGCUUGACUCUCUGCUGGUCAGGUCAGACUCGAUUAGCCGCGAUUAUCUCCCCCAUCCUUGGUUUCCUCACGGGAUUGGGAAUCUGGCUCGGAACAGCUUAUCACAUUUACGGCGAGAUCAACAUGAAGACCACAGAGAGCAGCUUACCGGCUCUAUACGGCGCGAUCGGAUCCUUCUUCUCGCCUGCGCUCUACUCAGUGCUUCUGUCUCUAUACAGACCUGAAAAGUUCGAUUGGAGGAGAUUUCUAGUUGCUGAACUUUCAGAGCAAACUCAGUUGAAGGAGAGCGAAACGUCUCCUCCUGCCGUUUCUUACAAGAAUAAAGCACCUCUAGGUGAAGUCAACCUGGAUGAUGUUCGCCACCCCUUUGACGAUGAUACAAUCAAGUUGCUUUACCGAUGGUAUCGGAUCGCCUGGAUUAUGUUCGUCGCUAUCGUACUGAUCACCUUUAUUAUUUGGCCGAUGCCGCUAUAUCGUAAUUACAUCUUUGAGAAGACCUUCUUCAAGAGUUGGACAACGGUAGCGAUCAUCUGGCAAUUCUUCGCUUUCUUCGCUGUCGUUGUAUACCCUCUAUAUGAUGGACGCUAUGAGAUUGUAAGAGGUGUAAAGGGCGUUUGGCAUUCGAGUAGGGACCUGCUUCAAGCUAAAGAUUGA